AUGUGCGUGGUGAACCUCUGUAACCUUCCAUCGGCAAUUGCUCAUGCUGCUCACUUUGCGAGCAACAUUCUUCGUCUUGGUCCUACAGCGCCCAUCGCGUGCGACCUGAAUUCACACCAUGAGCCGCGUGACGGUUGCUCACCAUCAACGACGGCAGGAGAGGACCUCGCCGCCACCUCAAGCGGCAUGGAGUCUGAGCUGUCCGAUGACCCGGCACAGGCAACACAGAUCAGUGGCCGCGGCGUCUCGUUUCCCAAUGUGAAUGCACAACGCGUGCUGCAUGUCUCCCACUGUACGUCCACUAGUUUACAUGGACUCGGACCAACAUCUGCAAUCCCACACUGCAGAGACGAAGGACGGCAUCCCGCGACUGGCAGGCAUGCUGCCACGACGGAAAACAUGCCGCCCUUUUCCUGCGUGAUGCCGACUGUGAUGCUUCCACCUCGGCGUGUGUAA